AUGCAAUAUCUGGGAAAGCUACCUGGGAAGGUAAAGACAAACGAGGGAGCCACAAGUGGACAAUUGGGGAGGAAUGGACUGGAACGGAGAGCAGCAGACCCAUUGCCAAAUGAGGGUGACAGAUGGAGCCUCGCAGGUUACUGGAACCCAUCCAGAGUGUCGAGGACACGAGAAAAUUGGAUGGUGGGACGGGCUGAACCUUGGGAAGUGGAGGCGUAUCCACGAAGCCUACACAGAACCACAGAUUGCACCCGACUCCAGUUUAGUCAUCUGUCUGUCCUCGGGCGUCUUCUAGAAGCCCAGGAGAGUUUCAAUAGCAGCCACCUUCGUCAAAAGGAUGGAAGCCAUCCGACGCUCCACUCGACACACAGCAAGCGAAAGUCAAAAUUCUUCUUCGCGGCGCUUGGCGUUUACGGAUCGAUUCUGCCAUUGUUGACUGGCUCCAUGACAGUUUGCCGGAGGCCGCCGCAUCACGGGCUUUCACAGACGCUGGUUUCAAACCCACUUUCCAGCGUUCUCCUUUAUGCCGGAUACUCUAUUGUGGUUUGGCUCGGACACCGACGAUCACUAAUCCCUCAGUCGGGACUUUGGCGGGUAGCGCGAGGAGCUAUUGGAACGAGCGCCCGGGGAGGAAGCAAUAAUCGGGGAUGGUUAUUACUCCUGAUUAUCUCCAUUGUUCGUUCGAGAUAUUUCCGACGCCCUGCAGCCAUGUCUCCGCGGCUAGUUCGGAGGAGAGGAGAGAUUUGA